GUGCCGUGGUAAAGCUCAAGUUAAUUUCUAUAUGACAUUCUGAUUCUGACCCGGAUAAAAUGAAAUAAAACACCUGAAAUACGUGGAAUACUGACCGGCAUAUCACAUCGCAGCAGAAUGAACCUGAAAGCGCUACCACCGGAAUUAAUUUGGAAUGUGCUAGAUAACCUAACCAACCUGCAAGAUCGUAAACGCGCUUCUCUGGUAUGCAAAAAAUGGAAUCGGAUGGUGUUUAAUUCGAAAUCACUGCGCGAUGUGAGUCUGCGGAUCUGUACGAAGGUCAGCAGCUUAGAACAGCUGGAAACAGAGGAGCUAAUUGAGCGGAUGUUUGAUGUGAUGACGCGGAGCAAGCGGAACUACGUCAACAUAGAAUUUUUCCAUGUUAAUUUUGAACGUUCGGCGGUCAGGGAGUUAUUGUUUUUUGUCGUGCAGUUGUGUUGUGACUCUAUUGAGUGCUUGCGUUUUACCAAUUGUCAUGGAUUGAGACGAAGCGAGCUGUGGCAGAUCUUGGAGCUGCUUCCCCGCUUACGGGAGCUUAUUGUUUCCGGAGGUAUUUACUACGAUAAUCUGGGAAACGACGUCAGUGUGUGUAAGCUGAAUCGUUUAGAAAGUUUGACGUUGGACAUCGGAGAUGAUUGUCGGCUCUACAAUGAUUUCGCUUCAAAUGCAUCGAACGUGGAAUGUUUGAAUAUUCGUACGAUUAAUGGAUGUGUCGAUCUUCGAGAUGUUGCGGCAACAAGACGUUUCAGUCAGCAGCUUAAAGCAUUGUCUUUUUCUACAAACCGUUACUACAAUCAAGCGGAGUUUUCAGAAAUGAGCCUCUCGCAGUUGACUAAAUUGGAACUAAAAGUAUCCGGUUAUGUUUGGCCUGAUCUCUUCAAACAAUUAAAGCUCCUCAAAGAGUUAAAACUUGAAGCCAGUAUUAACGAUGAAGUAAUAGCUGCGAUAUGUUCUACAUCCAGCAAACUGAAGAGACUCAAUCUUCUAUCGUCAGGUUUAGUAGAAUGUAAAAAGUUCAAUAUGAUGGCUCGCCUAGAAGAUCUCGAAGAACUGCAAAUAAGAGGCAUUUACAAGUAUAGUUGGAGGCAUGUGUCUUUCAGCAAACUCUCACGUUUAUAUCUUGACAAUGUUGGUACAGAUUUCACCAACUUUCUUAAAGAUUUGACCAGCUUGAGAUCGCUGGAGAUACAUGACACCAAGCUAAAAAACGAACAGCUGAUUAAAAUAACUUUGAAUUCACGCACAGUGGAACGUUUGGAGCUGGCUUUCUGUAGCAAAAUUAGUGAUAAAGGAUUUAAGCAUUUGAUGGACAUGACAAGUCUCAGGGAGCUUCGCCUGUGGGGAAUUCAAGUUUCCAAAAACAUAGAUGAAAGAUUUGUUUGCCCGCGGUUGCAGAACAUAAUAUUUUAUUUCAACGAUUUUAUAGAUGACUGUACAUUGAAUGCGCUGGCCUUACGCCUACCCCAGUUGAAGCAGCUUGUCCUGUACGACUGUUACCGGAUAAGUCCACAAGGGGUAACCGAGCUGCGCAAAACAUUGUCCAGUUGUAAGGUUCUCGAGCUGUAUCGUGGUGAUGAACUACCUCCGGAAUUAAUAGCCGAAACACAAAUCUAUUAUCGAAAUGCUGAAUUUCCCAAUGGAGUCCUGAAACAAGAAUUACCUUUCCAGUGGUAUUGAUAUUGACAAACGCAUGUUGUAUGUAUGUGUAUGUGUAUAGAAUUGUGCUACCUGAUUUGUAUUUUAUAGAUAUUUUAUUUUAUGACUCAUGCAUGUUUGUUAAUCAAGAUAAAAAUUUAGGUCUGUGAACAAAUUUUAAUGUGUGAAAGAGAAAUAAUAUAUUAAUUUUAA